ACGAUCUGUUGUAAACAGUUUCUGUGUUCUACCAAGGCCAACCUUUAGGAUGUUCAGAACAAAAUUCAUUUUAGUUUUCAGCCUCAUGGCCCUUGCUUUGUCUCUCUGUCCUGAUGCCUGUAUGGCUAGAGCCAAAUACAAACCUUGCCCCCCUUUUUAUUCUUGCGGCAACCUUAGUAUCAUAUACCCUUUCCGAUUGAAUACCGAUCCUGUUGGGUGUGGUUUACCAGGGUAUGAACUAGUAUGCGAGAAUAAUCGCACGACUGUGGUCACAGAACAGGGCAAAUUCUUUGUUGAGAAUAUCAGAGAAGAUAUAUAUUACGGUUAUAAUAGAGUCUCACACAGGGUUGAGAACGUGACAGAUUAUAGAGUCCAAUUGGUCGAUGCCAGUCUUAAGAGGGAUAAGUGCUCCAUUCCUCGCAAUUCCCUUUUUGGCGGCCCAUGUUGUGGUUUUGGGGGUAACACUAUGUAUGUUCUAAAUUGCAAAAUAGCAAUGAACUCAUCACUUUAUGUUGAUACCUCACCUUGCACCAAUAGAUCUUCCCCUCCAUACACCUACUUUUUUCUUUCCAAUUAUGGAAUAAAUGCAUCAGAUUUCAAUGAGUCAUGCAGAGUUGAAGCAGAGAUUCCGUUUCAGCAGAUUUCGGUUUGGCAGAUUCCGUUUUCGGAGUUUCCUUUUUGGCUGCCUAAUAUCACAGGCCUCUCUGCUUCUGAUAUCUAUCAUAUACUGCUAGAGGGCUAUGAAAUCGAUUGGGAUUUGUUCACCAAGAACUGCUGCUGGGUGAACAAAAUUACAUUGAAGGUGAUAUUACAAUCAGUGGAGUAUGCAUUGGAAGCGUUUCUGGACAGCUUUAUAUUUUUCCUUCUGGGCGGCCCCCAUGUAAGGGAGAAUACGAAUUUUCCACCAAAUAGUACAUACAUCAAAUGUCUUCAAACAACAGAAGGAGCACUUAUAUUAGCUAGAGCUCUGCUUGGGAUUUCCAUCUUGCUUGCAAUCAUUGUGUACAAAUUGAGGAGGAGACAUUUGUCUGUGGAUGAUACAAUUGAAGAGUUCCUUCAAAAGCAAAAUAACUUCAUGCCUAUCAGGUACACAUAUUCAGAAAUAAAGAAGAUCACUGGAAGUUUCAAGAAUAAAUUAGGUCAAGGAGGUUAUGGUUCGGUUUUCAAAGGGAAACUUCGAAGUGGCCAUUUUGUAGCAAUAAAAUUACUAAGCACAUCAAAAGGUAAUGGCCAAGAUUUCAUCAAUGAAGUUGCUACCAUGGGAAGGAUUCAUCAUGCUAAUGUCAUGCAACUGAUUGGAUUUUGUGUUGAAGGAUCUAAGCAAGCCUUAGUAUAUGACUUCAUGCCCAAUGGGUCUUUGGACAAAGUCAUAUUUUCAACCCAAAGCAAUACAUCUUUAAGUUGGCAAAAAAUGUUCGAGAUUGCUCUUGGGGUGGGUAGGGGGAUUGAAUACUUGCAUAGGGGAUGUGAAAUGCAAAUUUUACAUUUUGAUAUCAAGCCUCACAAUAUUCUUUUGGAUGACAAUUUUAAUCCAAAAGUUUCUGACUUUGGCCUUGCAAAAUUGUAUCCUAUAGAUGAUAGUUUUGUAUCUCUCACAGCCGCAAGAGGAACACCAGGAUAUAUUGCUCCAGAGUUAUUCUACAAGAAUAUUGGAGGUGUCUCAUACAAGGCUGAUGUUUAUAGUUUUGGAAUGUUGUUGAUGGAAAUGGUAGGAAAAAGAAGGAACUUUCAAGAAUUUGUUGACCAAUCAAGUGAGGUAUACUUCCCAACAUGGAUUUAUGACCAAUUUGAUCGAGGCAAGGAUAUAGAUUUGGGAGAUGUUACAAAUGCUGAAAAGCAUAUUGUGAAGAAGAUGGUCAUAGUUGCUUUAUGGUGCAUACAGAUGAAACCUGUCAUUCGCCCUUCAAUGACCAAAGUCUUGGAGAUGCUUGAGAGUGAAAUUGAGCUCCCGACAAUGCCUCCUAGGCCUUGGCCUGUCUCCUUAUUCACAUCAUCAUCAUCUUCAUCUCUAUAUUCUCAGUCUGCAUUUUUCUCGAUUACAACAUUCCCCUUCUCUGCUACCUCUAUCUUUUCUCCGGUGACGGCUACUGGUUGGUUGAGCUCUGAGUUGCAGAGAAGUAGAGUUGUCGAAGAAACUGCGCAGCAUCAGCCCCACAGUGGACGGCGAUCUCGCGGCCAGUGCGAUCUCGCGGCUAGUCUCGUGCCAGGCUGCAAGCAGCUUGGAAAAGAGAGCAGCAGGGCCACGGUGGUCGCUACGGAGCUUGAGGAAGACGAAGAUGAAGACGCAACAAAAGAGACCGAUUGUGGAGAUGUUGAGAAGGUACUGGAUGUUGCCAUACCAGGCGCCGUCCAUUCCGGCGUUGCUGUCGAAGGCGAGGGAAGGAGGAGGAGAGGGAGUUUGGUUCAUUGGGGCCGGGGAUUUGGAGAUUAGGGUUUGGGUGAUUGGGUUUUGGGAUUUUGGGAUUUUGAUUCAUGAAGGAGAAACUAACCUACACAGUAAGAUUCAAUAAAAAUGUCAAAAAUAAAAUUUUUUUAAUUGA